AUGGACGUGAACCAUGCAGGAUACGGAACGAGCCAACUGCCCCUGGCUGGGGCUAUCCUCUGCUGCACUUCAAUUGCCCCCGAGCAACGGGCGCAGCUCGCCGCCAUCGGCGCGCAGAUGGGCGCGACCAUCAAACUCGACCUUACUUCGGAUGUAACCCACCUCAUUGUCGGCAGCACGGACAGCCCCAAAUACCGCUAUGUCGCAAAGUCCCGCGACGAUGUCAAGGUUCUUUCACCGGAAUGGCUAGAAGCGUUGCGCGAGGUCUGGAUGACAGGAGAUGACAACCUAGACGUACUUGCACUCGAGAAGGACUAUCGUAUGCCCACCUUCUCCGGACUAAAGAUCUGCCUCACCGGUUUCGACAAUCCUGACCAACGAAAGAGCAUACAAGACAAGGUAGACGCCAAUGGGGGAGAGUAUCAUGGUGACCUUACCAAAUCUGUGACCCACCUCAUCGCCGCGACGCCCUCGGGCAAGAAGUACGAGCAUGCCUUGAACUGGGGGAUGAAGAUUGUGGCGCUGGAAUGGCUCGAACAAAGUCUAGAGAGGGGCAUGGUGCUCGAGGAGACCUACUACAACCCCACGCUUCCAGUCGAAGAGCGAGGCAAAGGUGCCUGGGAACGCAGGCAACCCGCGUCCCCUGCCCCAAGCAAGCGUCCACGAGACACGGAAGGAAGCCAAGCCCUGAACCCCUUUCGGAGGAAACUGCGCCGUUCUGCUAGUACUAGAUUGGGCAGUCAAAGUGAGGCUCUAUGGGCGGGGAUUACAGCCCCAAGUUUCGAAAAACAGGUAGACGAGGACGGUUGGACAGAGGACACACUCGCCAAGCAAGACACCACACGACCGAGCACUGGCACGCAUACACCGUCAUCGCCGAGGCCUUCGUCUGUUCAUCAAGAUGACGUGCUUGCUGAUUUCAACAAUGCGGACCCUGUCGAAGAUCCUAACGCGUCCAUACCGCCACAGGCUGAUUCACCUUCCCAACAUGACGGCAUCUUUCAAGGCCGGAUUGUCUGCCCCCAUGGCUUCGAUACAGAAAAGACAAGGAUUUUGCGCCAACAUCUGGAGAGCAAUGGUGCACGCGUCCUCAGCGCAAGUGACCUCGACAGCUCCUCGAUAGAAGACCUAGAGCGAGGCUAUUUCAUUGUACCGCAUGACGUGGAGGUCGAUUUGACAACACUUCCGGAUCGUGCCGGAUCGCACAUACCCUUAGUCACAAACUGGUGGGUUGAGCGCUGUCUCUAUGGCAAACGUCUAGUAGACCCCGCAGAGGAUGUUUUGAGUCGGCCGUUUGAAAGUCGCACCAUCAGUGGCGCUACGUACGAUGAACAACUAUCCGCGAAGACCUCGGUUGUUGUGUGCAACCCUCCGACCAUCAACACGCCGAAACUCAAAUUUGCUACGGACAAGCGGAUCCCCGCUGUGCAUGCGAAAUGGCUAUGGGCAUGUCUACGUACUGGUCGGCUGCAGUCGUAUGCGGAGUAUCAAUUGAAUAAGCCGCCGCCGCCGCAAAAGCUAAAGCAGGCACCCCGACCCCAAGACAAGGCAUCUACACUAUCGAUUUCAGAAGAGCAGAGCACAAAGGUUCGUCAAGGAAACCAGCACUCUGCCAAGGCCGUGACGAAGCCACCGCGACAGCAACGGCCUGGUACCCUUGAUCUUGCACUACCCACGGACUCUACGCCUACAUCAACAAAGGCAUCGGUCAGUCGUCAUGGGGCCGAUGAUAGCAACCUUAGCUACAAUGAAGACGGAUUUAUUGUCCCCGGGAUUGAUGGUAGUGCAUCGUUGCCCCUCCGAGAAACUAACGCCAACACCCCGCGCCGACUGUCAACAUCAUCCAACACCUCAAAGCCUGUCUCCCGGGCUAGAAGUUCAUCCGCAGAAUCAUUAAUUGCCCCUGCACGUAAAUCCAAAUCCAGCCGAGUACCUACCCCAGAUUCUGUCAUCCCAGACGUGGACCCGGAUUCCGUCAUCCCGGAAGAUGCCGAGGCAGCAGAUCCGAUGCUCCCGCAUGAAGCGCCUAAAGAAAAAGGACCAGUAGACGAGAAAGAUUAUUCAUCUAUACUAGCCCAAAUGCGCGCGAACCGCAAAGCCGCGCCCGCUCCCGCCGACCCAGCCACCUCGAAGACGCGUAAGCGGCGUCAACUAGGCCGUGCAGCAUCGACGAGGUCAAACGCUUCGGCGGGUGAUAGUUCUGGUAAUCUGCUUGUUGAUGACGAAGAGGAGAAUACUGUGCUAGUAGAGGAGUAUCAGGCUAGUCAGACAUUAGCCUGGGAGUCGCCUGGUGCGGCCAAAGCGAGGGAGCAGAUGAUCAGGAAGCUGGGAGGAACUGUGAAGGAGACCAGUGUAGCUGUCGAAGGGAUUGGAGUUGUCAAGGACGCUGGGGGUGAGGUGACGACGACUAGGACAGGAAGGAAAAGGAGGGGAUGAUGGAAGUGGUUUGUUUUUGUACUAUGUCUCGUUUUUGUGUUUACCACGGCGAAA